AUGGGCGCCCUCUUGUCCCUGCCGCUGCUGGCAGUGCCCAGCGUUGGCACCCUCAUAACUAUUGGAACUUCAUGCUGCGGAGCUGCAACGUGUGGUGCUGUCUGCAGUGCCUGUGGCAAGUUUAACAACAGUAUCGCAACGAGAAUCGCCUAUGCCUUCAUCCUCUUGCUUAACUCCAUCGUAUCCUGGAUUAUGCUCACGCCAUGGGCCCUGAAAAAACUGCAACACUUGACGCUUGACUACAUGGAGAUCCAAUGCGACGGGAAAGAGUGUUACGGUUGGGUGGCGGUCCAUCGCAUCAACUUCGGUCUCGGUCUCUUCCACUUGAUUCUCGCUCUUUUACUGCUCGGCGUCCACACAUCCAGGGAUAGCCGUGCUGCCCUCCAGAAUGGCUUUUGGGGACCGAAGAUUAUCCUGUGGGUCGCAUUUGUGGUGAUGUCGUUUUUUAUCCCUGAAGCCUUCUUCAUGGUCUACGGCAGUUACAUCGCCUUCUUUUGCGCCAUGCUUUUUCUUCUCCUGGGUCUGAUUCUCCUGGUCGACCUGGCCCAUUCUUGGGCAGAGCUGUGUCUGCAGAAGAUCGAGGACAGCGACUCGCGUCUGUGGCGCGGCCUGCUGAUUGGUUCGACUCUGGGCAUGUACCUUGCGUCGAUCGUCAUGACGAUCCUGAUGUACAUCUUCUUUGCGAAAGGAGACUGCCGAAUGAACCAGGCUGCUAUUACGAUCAAUUUGAUCGUCUUCCUGGUCAUCUCAAUGAUUUCGGUUCAACCUGCGGUUCAAGAAUCCAAUCCCCGGGCGGGCCUGGCGCAAGCGGCCAUGGUCACCGUUUACUGUACCUAUCUCACCAUGUCUGCCGUCUCCAUGGAGCCGGAUGACAACCACUGCAACCCGCUGAUUCGCUCCCGUGGCACGAGAACCGCCACGAUUAUCCUGGGCGCAAUCGUGACGAUGGCGACCAUUGCGUACACGACCACUCGUGCCGCCACUCAGGGGAUUGCAUUGGGCUCCAAGGGUGGACACGGCUACGUCGAGCUGGGCACCGAGGACAACGAGCACGGCUUGGUGACCCAGCAGCCCAACCCCCGCCGCGAGAUGCGUGCUGAAGCGCUCCGAGCCGCUGUGGAGAGCGGAAGUCUGCCAGCGAGUGCCUUGGACGACAGUGAUGACGAGGAUGAGGUCGAGGCCAGCAGCAAGGACGAUGAGCGCGGAUCGACGCAGUACAACUACUCACUCUUCCACAUCAUUUUCUUCCUCGCCACGACGUGGGUGGGCACGCUGUUGACCCAGAACCUCGACCUCGAGAGCUCGCAGGAUUUUGCUCCCGUGGGCCGGACCUACUGGGCCAGCUGGGUGAAGAUCAUCAGUGCCUGGGUGUGCUAUGCGAUCUAUCUCUGGACGCUUGUCGCGCCGGUUCUCCUGCCGGAUCGAUUUGCUGCGUAG